ACUGCCGGGCUGACCUUGGCGGCACACCUUUCGGAGGAUCCCAAUGUUACGGUCCUUGUGCUGGAGGCUGGCAACGCCAACCUGGAUGAUCCAGCCAUCCUCGUUCCCGCCCAGUAUUUGCGUCUAGCUGACGAGCGGUAUGACUGGAAGUUCGUCACCACUGAGCAACGGUAUUGCAAUAACCGACAGUAUGUGUGGCCCCGAGGUAAGGGCCUGGGCGGCUCGUCAGCUGCCAACUUCAUGGCGUACAUUCGACCAUCUGUCGGAGACGUAGAUGCUUGGGAAGAGCUCGGGAACCCGGGGUGGAAUUGGAAUCAUUACCUGAAGUAUUCCAAAAGAAGCGAGAAGUGGGUUUGUGUGAAGAAGAUCGGUUGUCACUUUUUGACGCAUGUCAGGUUCACGGAUCCGUCUCCUGAACAAACCAUCAAGUAUCGGCAAACAUCUGAAGAGCGAUUCCAUGGUAGAAACGGAGAGCUCGAAGUCUGCUUCCCUCCUUUGAUCAUGGAUGGAGAAGCGCCGUAUCAGAUGGUACUCCACUCGAGCGUUGCCUUCCUGGAGCCAAACCUUGUCCGAAACAACCUCCUCGUGCUUCCGGGUGCCAACGUUUCCAGGCUCCUGUUCCAGGAACCCGACGACCUUUCGGCUUCCAAAGAUUUAUCGGUCCUGAAGGUAGAAGAGGUCGAGUUUAGCCGUGGGGAAGCAACAUUGACGGUAAGGCCUACCCGAGAUGUCAUUCUUUGCGCUGGGACGCUGAAGUCCCCACAAGUGCUCGACCUGUCUGGAAUCGGGAAUCCAAGCGUAUUGGCGCCUCUAGGUGUGGACUGCAAGAUAGCGCUUGAUGGUGUUGGCGAAAAUGUGCAAGAGCAUAUCUAUUUCUUAUGGUGGGCAUAUUCCAUGUUUGCUCGAGAUCUGAGCCUCGUUAGUGAAUCCCAGCAGGGCAUACACACGCUCGGCUUGGCGGGGUUCACAUUCACCCCCAUGCAACAAGUCUGUCCCAACGCCGAUGAACUGAUUACCUCCCACUGCGCCAAGUUGAAAAGCCUGUACCAGGACGGCAAGAUCAGUCUUGCGUUGUGGGAGCAGUACCAAAUCCAGAUGCGUGUGUUGCAGAGCGAGACAUCAGUUGAUAUGGAAUGGACGACAAUCCCCCAGUGCCACACAUUUCGUACCCAGCCUGAAGACGGCAAACAGUACAUGACGGUGCUCGUGGCGCUGAACCGUCCCUUCUCGAGAGGCUCUAUUCACAUCGCUUCCCGUGAUCCCGUCGAGCAGCCACUCAUGGACCCACACUAUUUCGAGCAUGACUUCGACAUGCAGUUACUAGUCGAGGGCCUCAAGUUCGCUCGGAAAGUCGCUGAGGAAGAACCAUUCCGCUCAUGUAUUGUACGAGAGGUCGACCCGGGCCCAGCUGUUCAAACGGACAAGGAGAUGAGGGAGUAUAUCAUCGACGGACUGAUGACGGCCUUUCACACGGUGGGGUCGUGCUCCAUGUUACCUCGAGAGAAGGGCGGGGUGGUUGAUAGCCGGCUGAAGGUAUAUGGAACAGAGAACGUGCGGGUCGUCGACUUGUCCAUUGUCCCACUGCAUAUCGCCGCGCAUACACAG